CGGUUGUCCCCGAGUCAACCUGGGGGUGUGGAGCAGCCAAGAUGGAGCCGGCAGCCUGGCGGUCCGGGCCCACUGAUCGUGAACAACAAGCAGCCCCAGCCUCCGCCACCUCCGCCGCCGGCAACCGCACAGCCACCACCCGGGGCACCGCGGGCCGGCGCGGGCCUUCUUCCUGGGGGCAAAGCCCGGGAGUUCAACCGCAACCAGCGCAAAGACUCGGAGGGCUAUUCGGAGUCACCAGACCUGGAGUUUGAGUAUGCUGACACAGACAAGUGGGCUGCAGAGCUCUCGGAGCUUUACAGCUACACGGAAGGGCCAGAAUUCCUGAUGAAUCGAAAAUGCUUUGAGGAGGACUUCCGGAUCCAUGUGACAGACAAGAAGUGGACUGAGCUGGACACCAACCAGCACCGGACCCAUGCCAUGAGGCUCCUGGAUGGCUUGGAAGUCACUGCCAGGGAGAAGAGACUCAAGGUGGCUCGAGCAAUUCUCUAUGUUGCUCAAGGCACGUUUGGGGAGUGCAGCUCGGAGGCAGAGGUGCAGUCCUGGAUGCGCUACAACAUCUUUCUCCUCCUGGAGGUGGGCACGUUCAAUGCUUUGGUGGAGCUUCUGAACAUGGAAAUAGACAACAGUGCCGCCUGCAGCAGUGCUGUGAGGAAGCCCGCCAUCUCCCUGGCUGACAGCACAGACCUCAGGGUCCUGCUCAACAUCAUGUACCUGAUAGUGGAGACCGUUCACCAGGAGUGUGAGGGUGACAAGGCUGAGUGGAGGACCAUGCGGCAGACCUUCAGAGCCGAACUGGGCUCCCCGCUGUACAACAGUGAGCCAUUUGCCAUCAUGCUGUUUGGGAUGGUGACCAAAUUUUGCAGUGGUCACGCCCCUCACUUCCCCAUGAAGAAAGUUCUCUUGCUGCUCUGGAAGACAGUGUUGUGCACGCUGGGUGGCUUUGAGGAGCUGCAGAGCAUGAAGGCUGAGAAGCGCAGCAUCCUGGGCCUCCCCCCACUUCCUGAGGACAGCAUCAAAGUCAUUCGCAACAUGAGGGCAGCCUCUCCACCAGCAUCUGCUUCAGACUUGAUUGAGCAGCAGCAGAAACGGGGCCGCCGAGAGCACAAGGCUCUGAUAAAGCAGGACAACCUAGAUGCCUUCAACGAGCGGGAUCCCUACAAGGCUGAUGACUCUCGAGAAGAGGAAGAGGAGAAUGAUGAUGACAACAGUCUGGAGGGGGAGACGUUCCCCCUAGAACGGGAUGAAGUGAUGCCUCCCCCACUACAGCACCCACAGACCGACAGGCUGACCUGCCCCAAAGGGCUCCCCUGGGCUCCCAAGGUCAGAGAGAAAGAUAUUGAGAUGUUCCUCGAGUCCAGCCGAAGCAAAUUUAUAGGUUACACGCUAGGCAGUGACACGAACACAGUGGUGGGGCUGCCCAGGCCAAUCCACGAAAGCAUCAAGACUCUGAAACAGCACAAGUACACGUCGAUUGCAGAAGUCCAGGCGCAGAUGGAGGAGGAGUACCUCCGCUCCCCUCUCUCAGGGGGAGAAGAAGAAGUUGAGCAAGUCCCUGCAGAAACUCUCUACCAAGGCUUGCUCCCCAGCCUGCCUCAGUAUAUGAUUGCCCUCCUGAAGAUCCUGUUGGCUGCAGCACCCACCUCAAAAGCUAAAACAGACUCAAUCAACAUCCUAGCGGAUGUCUUGCCUGAGGAGAUGCCCACCACAGUGUUGCAGAGCAUGAAGCUGGGGGUGGACGUAAACCGCCACAAAGAGGUCAUUGUUAAGGCCAUUUCUGCUGUCCUGCUGCUGCUGCUCAAGCACUUUAAGUUGAACCAUGUCUACCAGUUUGAAUACAUGGCCCAGCACCUGGUGUUUGCCAACUGCAUUCCUUUGAUCCUAAAGUUCUUCAAUCAAAACAUCAUGUCCUACAUCACCGCCAAGAACAGCAUUUCUGUCCUGGAUUACCCUCACUGCGUGGUGCAUGAGCUGCCAGAGCUAACUGCGGAGAGUCUGGAAGCAGGUGACAGUAACCAGUUUUGCUGGAGGAACCUCUUUUCUUGUAUCAAUCUCCUUCGGAUCUUGAACAAGCUGACAAAGUGGAAGCAUUCAAGGACAAUGAUGCUGGUGGUGUUCAAGUCAGCCCCCAUCUUGAAGCGGGCCCUAAAGGUGAAACAAGCCAUGAUGCAGCUCUACGUGCUGAAGCUGCUCAAGGUACAGACCAAAUACUUGGGGCGGCAGUGGCGAAAGAGCAACAUGAAGACCAUGUCUGCCAUCUACCAGAAGGUGCGGCAUCGGCUCAAUGACGACUGGGCAUACGGCAACGAUCUUGAUGCCCGGCCUUGGGACUUCCAGGCAGAGGAGUGUGCCCUCCGUGCCAACAUUGAACGCUUCAACGCCCGGCGCUAUGACCGGGCCCACAGCAACCCCGACUUCCUGCCAGUGGACAACUGCCUGCAGAGUGUCCUGGGCCAACGGGUGGACCUCCCUGAGGACUUUCAGAUGAACUAUGACCUCUGGUUAGAAAGGGAGGUCUUCUCCAAGCCCAUUUCCUGGGAAGAGCUGCUGCAGUAAGGCUGUUGGUUAGGGGACUGAAACAGAGAAAGGAGGAUCUUAAGGUACCUGCAGGACUGUCCUAGUUCAUGGCUGCAGUGCUCCCAUUCCCCACCAGGUGGCAGCACAGCCCCACUGUGUCUUCUGCAGUCUGUCCUGGGCUUGGAUGAGCCCAGCUUUACCUCCUGUUAGUUCCCAGGGUCCAGCUCAGAAGCAGUCAUCUCUGCCUGGGAUCCAUUCUUCCUUUAUUUCUCCCACCCUCCUCUCUUGGACAUGGUUGGUUUUGGCUCAUUUCACAAUCAGCCCAAGGCUGAGAAAGCUGGAAUGGGAUGGGAACCCCUCCACAGCACAUCUAAAUUUCAGGGGUCAUGCUGAUGCCUCCUGAGACACACAAAUCCUUGCUUUGUCAGCUUGCAAAGGAGGAGAGUUUAGGAUUAGGGCCAGGGCCAAAAAAAAAAUACAACGGUAUCUUGGUUGUGCUCUGGGGUGGGGGUGGGGGGUUUCUGUUGUUAUUCCAGCCUCCUGCUAUGUUAUAUGCAGAAGUAAUUGCAGAGGCUCCUGCAGCUGCCUCAACACUUUGAUUUUGGACAGGGACAAGGUAGGAAGAGAAGCUUCCCUUAACCAGAGGGGCCAUUUUUCCUUUUGGCUUUGGAGGGCCUGUAAAUACCUAUAUAUAAUUCUGUGUGUAUUCUCCUGUGUCAUGUUGGGGUUUUUAAUGUGUUUGUGUAUUCUGUUUACAUUAAAAAUAAGCAAAAAUCAUUCCCGUUGGCUUGUCUACGGGAAAUAUGGCCUCUACGUAUCUCCUCCAGGUCUAGAAAGUGUUUUUUUCUGCUAGCAUUGCUGGUUACUGCUUGUCUUGCCAAGCUGCCUGCCUUUCCCAUCCUGGGGGAAGAGAAGAGGGAGUUGGCAUUUAUCCAGUGUAAAUUAACCCCACAGUAAUCUGGGAUUACUCUCACCCAACUCCAGGGCACUAUCUAGGUUACUUUACUGACACAUUGUCCUGCACCCCUGGGUUUGCUGUAAUUUCAGUAGGAGCCCCAGGUUUCUCUGGAUCACAUCACUGAGCUGGCCUCAGCCAAACCAGUGUCAGUGCUAGGGAGGGAGGGGCUAGGUCAAAGCAAGGGGGUCAGCUGCUCUAGGUCCUCCCUGGGGCAGGUGGUUGGGACUGAGCGGAAACUUCAGUACUCAUAGCCUAGAAAGCAGACCAUGAGGAGUCAGGUUCAUGGUGGGAAACAGUGUUGCCAGGAGCCCCCUGUGGCUGAGAAAAAAGCAGGAAAAUCUUUGUAGUGGGUGUCAGUGGACACCUGGCACCUACACUCUGGCCUCCAGACCCCUGGUUGCAUCUGCCUGAGAAGAUACUACCGUUUUGAUGCUGGUAAAAGGAGUGUUCCCUUUUUAGAAUUCCUGGAAGCUCUUAUUUUACCUGUAGGCAGUUGUUUUAUAAGUUCUUAAGUCUUGAAGGGGUCUUGACUUGUAAAGGAAACAUGUUCUGGGGAGAAUCUACCCUUCGUUGGGUCUUGUGUUCAGUGCCUGCCUGACCUGGGACCUGCUGAGCCUCAGACAGGCCUUGUGAUGUGCCAGCAUGGUUAGGGACAGCAGGGGUGGAAGGCAGCAGUGUACUCCUGGUGGUCACACAGUCUGUGAGAUGGGAAGUCCCAUCUGUGACUGAUGGGCCCUUUGCCCCAAAGUAACUUGUACAGGACAAGGGAAUUGACACAGUUUAUGUGUGGAUGAUGGAUUUUCUGCCAUUUCUUGCCAGGACUGAUAGGAAAUAUGUAUCUUGAGAUUUCAAUUAGGGAGAGAUAGAUUUUUCACAUUGUUACUGUCCCAUGAAGCCUGAGUCACUGAACCUGCAUGGUCGAGGCUUGUCUCUCCUCUGACCUGCAAAACAGAAUGCAGGACUAUCAAAACUGCAAGGGCCGUAAAGCCUGGGCAGGUGAAUCCCUUCAGCUGUAGGCCCAGGAGCCAGCCUAGGGAGAGGAAGGGGCCUCUCACAGCCAUAGAGCGUGUUAGUGGCAGGUUGGCCAUUUGAACUCAGGUCUUUGUACAGAAAUGUCUUUUGGAGAAACCCAGUUUUUGUGGCUUUUUAAAUCUCAUCUGGGUCAUGAAGUGGGCAGAGUACAUGAAGACCCUUUGUAAAUGAUUGAGUUACGUAAAAUGUUGUUUAUUGCUAAGCAGACUCAGGGUCCACUGCUCCUUCAGUCCACUGAGAGACAGAUUACCCUGAAGCAGUAUCACUGUGAGGAUGGGAACUGUCCCUUAUUAAUCAUAAGUUACCACUUUUGGGUUGCCAAGUAGGUACAGGCACAAUAUUAGAUGCUUCUCAAAGCCUUAUUUUCUACAAAGCCAGUAAAUACUGAGUACUUACUAUGUGCCAGCCAGCGUUGUAACCACUUGAUGUAUAAUAUCUUACAUAUUCCUUGUAAUAUCUUGAAAGAUACAUGCCAUUUUAAUCCCUAUUUUGCACAGGAGAAAACUGUGGCACAGAAAGGAUAAAGAACUUGCCCAAAGUCAUAUAAAGGCAAGAGCCAGGAUUCAAAUCCAGGCCUCUGUCAGCACAUGCAUUUUUUUCACUCCCUCACACCCUUUGCUAUUAGUCAUUGUCAUACCCCAGCACUUACCACCAGUGCAUUCAUUUGCUCAUUUAUUCACCACAGCCAAUACUUCUGUUUGCUCUGGCAUCACCCCUGGCAUGAAAGAUUCAUGGUAAACGUCCAUCGCUUUAGGUCCUAACUGGACCACCCAAGCUUAGCCUUGGGCUAGCCUCUGGUGCUCCCUGAAUGUGCCCUCCUCAGGGUAACUCGGCUGUUGCUGCCGUCUUUUUUCUUUUCAGCCUGAGCCUAAAUUUCUUUCUCUUCUGGGUCCCAGAGGACUCUUGUGUUGGCUGCCCUAUCCAGACCUGUUAGGUUCAUUUCCCAGAAAGCUGGCUGCUUGUCUGUCCUGGAUGAGCUGACUUCUCAGAGGAGAAUAGCUGUUACAUUCAUUCGGCACUUAGCACAGUCAGCCUCAGGCUGCUGGCUAUAAAACAAAGGAGGAGCACCCUUUGGAAGUGAGACAGCCCUGACUUUCAGUUCGGGCUCUGACAUUUAUUCACUGAGGGACCUUGAGCUAGUCAAGUUCCAAGUCUCAGUUGGCUCAUCUGUAAAAAUCGGUUUAGUAAUAGCCCUAUUGCAUGGACUGAGUAAGAUCAUGGAAAUGAACCUACAGGUCUGGCUGACAAGGGAUGACAAUAAAUGGUAGCAGUUCUUAGUCUUGGCAAUGGCCCCUCCAACUCUAAUGUUCUAUGAAUUUGCACCCAUUUCCUGUGUCCCUAGAAGACAGAAAUCCCCUUCAAGGACCAGAAGAACCAUGUCUUAGGCCUCCUUAAAGCCCCUGGACCUAGCUCGCUGCUCUGAAUCCAGAGGCGUCUCAGAAGAGUCAGCUUCUUGUCCAGCAACCUGCCAUCACACCUUGAAGGCCUGUUGGGGCCAGGCCCUGUGGUUGAUGCCCUGGCUAUCCAGGUGACUAGGAUACCACACUCUCUCACUUCUCUCAAGCUCACAGUUGAUGGAGACACAGUCAUAAGAGCAAGUAAAAGCAAUAGCAUGAUACGUAACAGAUGUCUGAAGGGCUUACCUCAGGUCCCACUGGUCCCAGCCUCUUACUAUUGGAGGAGAGAUUGCUGGGGGAGCCGGCAGUCGCUCAGUGGGAAGGAAGGGGGCUCCAGCAUCAGAAUCAAGGGCUCUGACAGCUAACACUUGAUGUUUACCACCUUCCAGGUGAAAAUGGCUGGGAUGAGCCUGAGGAGGAGACUGGGGACAGGGACAAGGAGACAGGCAAGAGCCCCAGUUUGCAGAGGAAGAAGUGAAGUGGUAUACCCACCGUCAUACAGAACCCUGACGCUCUCCAGGUCUCUUCAUGCCAGAGCUCAUAUUCUUUUUGGUGACCCUGCCAGGUCCUGGCUCAGGUAGGGCUGGGGUCUUACCUGAGGGUGGCUGUCAGUGUGGGGCAGCACAGAGAUGUCAUAGGCAGCGGUGAAGGGGUUCCGCCCCUCCUGGAUCUUCCCAUAACGUUCGCGCUUCCGCCACUUGGCUCUGCGGUUCUGGAACCAGACCUGGGGGCAGGUUGGUGGGGGUGAUAGGGCAGCCUUGAGGAGAGGAGCCUGCUAGGGAUAGUUGAUGGUUGUGUCCUCUUGUGGGAUGGGGAGCAGGCUCCAGGAUGGAGGAUCUCAACUGUUAAUCCACACUGUUAUCCAGGCCAGGGAAGCCUGGGAGGAAGCCUGGGAGAGGCCCAAGCCCAAAGCGGGUUAAUUGGCCCCAUGGGCCUCCAGCUAUCACUCUCUAGGUCGAGUCACUCUGGUCCUUCAGCCUGGUGUCUAGUAAGGGUGUUGUGGGGGCAUCUGUGGGCCUCAGGGGCCCUACGUACUUCCUGGGUAUACUGUGCACAUGUUUUGGGUUUCUAGUCUCCCUGCCUCAUCUCCUUUUCCAAGCUACCCACCUCAUAGCAUCCAAGGAAUCUUAGACAUUUCUGUUCAGGUCAUGGUCCUGUUUAAACCCUCAGUGAUUCCCCGGAGACCUUGGUCCAGAGCGUAGCUUCUUAACAAGGCCCCUGCCUCUCUGCACAGCCUCAUGUCCUGCCAGGCAAACACAUUAGAUUCUUCCUGGUUGCCUCCCAAGCUCCCACCCAGCUCUUCCAAAACACUCUGCUAUCUUGCUCCUUCCAUCUUUUGCUUAGGUUUUCUCUUCCUGGACUACUCAUCCCCUCAACACAUACAUCCAUGCUGGGCGUCCUCCACAGGACUUCCAAAAUCCCUGGACCUUUCUUUGUACUCACCCCAUUCCAUUACCAUGAUCUGUUUUGGAAUCUGUUUCUCCCAUUUAUUUGUGAGCCCUUGGCAGAUAGGGGUGGCACAUCUGUGUGUUGUGCACAUCUGUGUACAUAUCUGUGAUGAAUCUGUUGUUUGGUAUAUGUGCUGUGACUGUUACAUUUAAGUGUAUUGGUAUAUAUGUUUUGUAUUUCUAUCAUUUAAUCAACAUUCAUGUGUCAGGCUCUAAGCUAAAUUUAACAAUGUCAAAAUAAAACCAGCCAAACAAA